GGAGUGCGUUUAGCAGUUUUGAGUUUUUCAUUUAAUAUUUUCCUCGAAACGUAAAAUUUUUCGCGAAAAUGUAUAAUAAAAUGAAUGGAUAUAAUAAUUUUAGAGGCUCAAGAAAUGGCCGUUUCUUCUCACAUUCUUUGCCGUCGGGAAUCGAUACAGAUUUUACGUCAACACCAUAUUCAGCACGCGCUCGCAUGUACGAUUUACCAUCAAGCAGUACAUUUGGUGCUGCUCCACAUCAUCAUAUGUCAUCAUCAAGUACGAGUUCUUUAACAGGAAUAGGACUAAGCGGUCCAUCAACCUCAGCAGCUGGAGCUCAAAGACAUAAUGACGCAUUAACAAAUUUGAUUGUUAAUUAUUUGCCACAAGAUUUGAAUGAACGAGAGCUGCAUUCAUUAUUUUCGCCAAUGGGUCCUGUGGAGACGUGUCGUGUAAUGCGAGACUUUAAGACUGGCUACAGUUAUGGAUUUGCAUUCAUCAAUUUCAUAAAUGAAGAGUCAGCCUCACGUGCCAUUAAAUGUUUAAAUGGCUAUACGAUACGCGGUAAAAGACUAAAAGUAUCUUACGCACGACCACAAGGCGAGGAUCUUAGAGAAACAAAUCUCUAUAUAACAAAUCUUCCGCGUACAAUAACUGAACAACAAUUAGAUGUAAUUUUCGGUAAAUAUGGACAAAUUGUACAGAAAAAUAUUCUUAGGGAUAAACUGACUGGUCAACCACGUGGCGUAGCUUUCGUUAGAUAUAAUAAACGUGAGGAAGCUCAAGAAGCAAUAGCAUCACUCAAUAAUGUGAUACCACAAGGUGGAAAUCAACCAUUAAUCGUUCGUGUUGCGGAAGAACACGGAAGAGCAAAAGCAGCACUCUUCCUGCCACAAUACAACCAAUUUGUUCAAAAUAGAGGUAGAAUGAGAGUUCGCAAUCAACCAUAUUAAAAAAAAUUCUAUUAAUAUGAUGAUAAAACAUUAAAAAUAUAUUUAUUUCGCUAAUUAGUUUUUCAUUGUCAUCAUAAAAUUUAAAAUGACAAUUUUACUACACACACGUUUUUAAAACUUUGGUUUUAUGAUCUUUCUUAUUUCUUUGUUUGCUGAAAUAUUCGGUUAUUAUUUGACAUGAUAAAUAAAAUUAAGUUGAUAUUCGCG